AUGUUUGGUUUUAUAGAUAAACUAAACAAGCUAUAUAUUAGGGCAUCUUGCCAGAAAUAUAUUCCUUGUAGUGCACACAUUAUCAUCAUAAAUAUUUCUUAUUUUAUUAAUUUAAUAUUAAUAUUAUAUUUAGAUAUAAAUGAAUGCUUUAGAAACAAUGGUCAUGGGCCUUGCAGUGAUAAAUGUACAAAUACCAAAGGAGGAUAUUUUUGUUCUUGCACAAUACCAGGAACAAUUUUGGGACCAAAUAAUCACACAUGUGAAGAUAUUGAUGAAUGCAAAGAAAAUAAUUUUGGUUGUUCUCAUAUUUGUCACAAUGCCUAUGGUAAAGCAUUUUGCUCAUGCCCUGUAGGAUUUAUUCUUGAUAAUGAUGAUAAAACUUGUAUUGAUUAUAAUGAAUGUGAAAUACCAGAAUUUGCUCAGACUUGUAAAGAAAAAUGUAUAAAUACAGUUGGAAGCUUCCAUUGUCAGUCAGUUGAAGAAUUAAAAGAAAUUCCAGAUUCUACACCAGCUUCAAGAUGUAAGCCUGGUUACAAGCUUACUGAAAUAGGAACGUGUAAAGAUAUUAAUGAAUGUGAAUCUGAUCGAUUGAACAAUUGUAAACACAACUGUACUAAUACUCCUGGAAGUUUUCAAUGUUCAUGUUUGUCUGGAUAUCGCUUACUCGGCGACGGAUCUUGUGAAGAUAUUGAUGAAUGUGAAGAUAAACAAUUACAUAGAUGCCAUCAUUAUUGUGUUAAUACCGUUGGAAGUUUUAACUGUACAUGUGCAACUGGCUUUGAGUUAUUUAAAAACAAAAGUUGUAAAGAUAUUGACGAAUGCAGCAUUAAUAAUGGCGGCUGUUCUUAUUCUUGUACUAAUGAACCGGGAAGUUUUCACUGCAAUUGUCCGAGAGGUUAUAAAUUAGACGAAGAUGGAAUCAAUUGUAUCGAUAUCGACGAAUGCUCCAUAUAUAAAAACGUCUGUCAGCAACGCUGUAUUAAUACAAAAGGAAGCUUUCAAUGUGCUUGUAAUGAGGGAUAUAAAGUAUCUGAGUCUAGUCCUUACAUGUGCACAGAUAUGGAUGAAUGCUCAGAAGGCAGUCAUAACUGCAGUCAUAAUUGCAUUAAUUAUCUUGGUGGAUAUUACUGUACCUGCAAAAAUGGAUAUCGUUUUUCUGAAAAUUUGAAAUCAUGUGUAGAUAUUAAUGAAUGUGAAUCUGAUCGAUUGAACAAUUGUAAACACAACUGUACUAAUACUCCUGGAAGUUUUCAAUGUUCAUGUUUGUCUGGAUAUCGCUUACUCGGCGACGGAUCUUGUGAAGAUAUUGAUGAAUGUGAAGAUAAACAAUUACAUAGAUGCCAUCAUUAUUGUGUUAAUACCGUUGGAAGUUUUAACUGUACAUGUGCAACUGGCUUUGAGUUAUUUAAAAACAAAAGUUGUAAAGAUAUUGACGAAUGCAGCAUUAAUAAUGGCGGCUGUUCUUAUUCUUGUACUAAUGAACCGGGAAGUUUUCACUGCAAUUGUCCGAGAGGUUAUAAAUUAGACGAAGAUGGAAUCAAUUGUAUCGAUAUCGACGAAUGCUCCAUAUAUAAAAACGUCUGUCAGCAACGCUGUAUUAAUACAAAAGGAAGCUUUCAAUGUGCUUGUAAUGAGGGAUAUAAAGUAUCUGAGUCUAGUCCUUACAUGUGCACAGAUAUGGAUGAAUGCUCAGAAGGCAGUCAUAACUGCAGUCAUAAUUGCAUUAAUUAUCUUGGUGGAUAUUACUGUACCUGCAAAAAUGGAUAUCGUUUUUCUGAAAAUUUGAAAUCAUGUGUAGAUAUUGAUGAAUGUUCAGAAGACAGUAGAAAUCUCUGCAGUCAAAUUUGCAAUAAUUAUGAAGGCGGAUAUAACUGUUCUUGUGAAAGUGGAUAUCAACUUUCUUCAGAUUUAAACUCGUGUCUGGAUAUUGACGAAUGUAACGUUGAUAAUGGUGGAUGCUCCGAAAUUUGUAGUAAUACGCCGGGAAGUUUUUACUGUAGCUGUCCCGAUGGUUUUAAAUUACACGAUGACGGAAGUAGUUGUAACGAUGUCGACGAAUGUGCCUUAAAUAAAGGUGGAUGUCAUCAAGGUUGUAUUAAUACAGUGGGAAGUUUUCAAUGCACGUGUAGCAGUGGAUAUGUUCUAUCAGAAAAUAAUUCAUAUGUAUGCACAGAUAUUGACGAAUGCCUGGAAAAUACUCACGACUGUAGUCAAAACUGCGUGAAUUACAACGGCGGAUAUUACUGUACGUGUAAAAAUGGAUAUCGCCUUUCUUUAGAUCUGAAGUCGUGUGCCGAAAUAACUUGUCCGGAAAUACCCCAACCUCAUCACGGAAGAUUCAAGUGUAGCGGCUCCUCGAGCAAAGACGUAAAAGUGGUAAAUACAACCUGUCAAAUUAAUUGUAACAAAGGAUUUAAAGCGAGAGGUUUGAAAGAAAUCAAGUGCGGAUUAAAUGGCAAAUGGACAGGACAGUUACCCACGUGCGAAUCAAAGUUUUGUCCCGCCGUCAAAAAACCCAAAUUUGGCAACGUUAGUCCACCGAGUUGUUUGGAUGGUUCGAGUACGGUAUCGCAGAAAUGUUAUUUCAUCUGCGACGCAGGAUAUAGAUUGGUUGGCCACGCUUUUUUAAGAUGCGAUAAAAAUCUGGAAUGGAAACCGAAAACCCAAAGUGUCAAAUGUGUAAAAAAUGAAUUAGAACCGUUCAUUCAAUGUCCUGCCGAUAUUUCCGUCGCUCUGGAGCCUCAGCAGUCCAAACAUCACGUCAAAAUUCCCGAGCCUAAGUCUAAUAUGGAUGCCAAACACAUCAAAGUAUUUCCGACUUGGGCGGAACAACUGGAAGGGGAUUUUCCAUACGGAAAUACCGAAAUUACUUUUAUAGCUUAUCAUCCUUCGAAAAAUUUGACUGCAACCUGCAGAAUGACUGUUAAUAUAUUAGAUGAAGAAGCUCCAGUCGUAAGAGGAUGUCCGGGGACGAUAGAAGUCUAUUCGGAAUCGAUAGAACCCGUCGAAGUCUUCUGGAAAGAACCAACCUUCUCGGAUAACGUGCGAAUAGAUUCCAUUUCGAAAACACAGACUCCUGGAAGUAAAUUUGGUGUGGGAGAACACACGGUUCAUUAUACUGCUAGAGAUCCCGCAGGAAGUCUUGCCACCUGCAUCUUUACCGUAAACGUAUUGCGUAGAGAAUGUGGCGAGCCAAAUGAUAUUCUGCAUGGCGAAAAGAACUGCAUGGAAUUCGUAGGCGGUCAGUUGUGCUCGCCCGUGUGCGACGCGGGAUAUGCAUUUUAUUUUAACGUUUCCGAAUUUUACAUGUGUGGGCUGGACGGAAUUUGGUUACCCAGCAAGGACAUCCCAGACUGUUUACCUUCCAUUUCCGAACCGGAAGAUGGUUGUAUGCCAGGGACAGAACUCCGUGAGGAAAUUGAUACCGAUUCCAGGAUAUGUGUGGCCUGCCCACCAGGACUGUACUGGGAGAUUAAGGUAUCCUCCUGUAUUCCAUGUCCCGAGGGAUUUUUUCAGGACGAAUACGGACAGACUGCGUGCAAAGCUUGUACCGCAGACGCCGAAAGUCUGGAAUUAUGCGAGAACCUGGCCACAUAAUUUUUAAUUAUUGUUUAUAAAUGUAUACUGUUUUGUAUAUGUAUGUAUGAUAUAAAAUAAUUUACACAGAAAUGUUGACUUGCUUACUGUGAAACUAAAAGAAUUCAUCUCAAAUAUAAAAA